AAGGAAUUUCUUUUGCCCUUGAUACGAGUUCAAACUUCUUGUAUUACCUUUUUUACAUCAAUAAUAUUCUAUCGCUUAUCAUCAAAAAAAAAAAAAGUAAUAAAAAAAAACCUUGACAGUUUGCUAUGAUUUACUCACAGGUCGCAUAACUGUUAGGUACAACUAAGUUUACGUUCCAAAUAGCAAUAUAUGUUCUUGCUCACCAUUGGUAGCAUGCAGUCGUCAAACCAUUUAAACCUUAAACUAUAGCCUGAUCCAAAUUAACAAAAUAAACCUCAAAUCGGAGAUGGCAUUUGAUCGUGAGCAUAUUGUGAUGCUUCCCAUGAUAGCUAAGGGUCAUCUCAUACCAUUCUUGGCACUAGCAAAGCAAAUCCAACAAAAAACAGGGUUCACCAUCACCAUUGCCACAACCCCACUCAACAUUCAAUACCUGCAAGCUACCAUUUCCUCAACUUCAUCAUCAUCAAACACUCAAUCACACUCCAACAAUUUUGACAUCAACUUGGCUGAGCUUCCAUUCUGCAGCUCAGACUUUGGCUUGCCCCAAGACACUGAGAGCACAGAGAAUUUGUCUCUGAAACAAAUUGGAGAUCUUUGUGCUGCAACAGUGAAUCUUGAAGUUCCUGCUCGCCGCCUAAUCUUGGAUAUCAUCGAAAAAGAAGGCCGCCCGCCACUUUGUAUUAUCUCAGAUAUGUUCUUUGGGUGGGCUACUAAUCUUGCAAAGAGCUCAGGCACUGUGAACGUGACUUUCACAACAUCCGGUGCUUAUGGCAGUGCAGCCUUCAUGUCCAUUUGGCUUAACCUCCCACACCGAUCCACAGCUUUAUGCGAUGGCUACUUCACUCUGCCCGGGUUUCCAGAUCAGUCUCGUUUUCAUAUCUCUCAGCUGCAUCACUAUAUAAAAGCAGCAAAUGGGACAGAUUCUUGGUCAAAAUUUUACCAGUCCCAGUUUUCACUUUCUACCAAAUCUUUGGGUUGGUUGUGUAAUACUGCUGAGGAAAUUGAGCCACUUGGAUUGGAGAUUUUGAGGCAUUACUUUAGGCUUCCUGUUUGGUCCAUUGGACCUCUUAUUCCCAAAGAUGCUCUCAAGAACUCAUCCACUUCGGAUUUAAGAGUUUCAAGGCAACCUGCUGAAAAAUGCAUGGAGUGGCUGGACUCAUAUGGUUCAGAUUCCGUUGUUUAUAUUUCCUUUGGUUCUCAGAACACAAUCAGUGAAACACAGAUGAUGGAAUUGGCUAUUGGGUUAGAAGAAAGUGGAAGGGCUUUUAUUUGGGUCAUUAGGCCUCCAGUUGGGUAUGAUAUGAAGGGAGAAUUCAGAGCUGAAUGGUUGCCUCGAGGGUUCGAAGAUCGAAUGUGCAAAAGCAAGAAAGGCUUGUUGGUGCACAACUGGGCACCACAGUUGGAGAUUUUGUCACACAAAUCCACAGGGGCAUUUGUAAGUCAUUGUGGGUGGAAUUCAGUGCUGGAGAGCCUAAGCCAAGGAGUUCCGAUUAUAGGGUGGCCCUUGGCAGCCGAGCAGGCGUUUAACUCAAAGAUGCUGGUGGAGGAGAUGGGUGUGAGUGUGGAGCUGACAAGGGGAGUGGAGAGUGUUAUUGUUGGUAAGGAGGUGAAGAGAUUGAUAGAUUUGGUUAUGGACAAAAGUGGCGAAGGAGGAGAAAUGAGGGAAAAAGCUGGUGCAAUUAAGGCGCAGAUAAGAGCAGCAAUAAGAGAGGAAGCUGAAUUCAAGGGAUCUUCUGCGAAGAAAAUGGAUGAUUUUCUUGAAACCAUUCUAUCAGCAAGACAAGAACAUAAAUCUAUUAUUGGUUGAAGAUGAACAACCCAUCAAUUUUCAUGUGCAGCCGACGUGAAAGGAAAAGAAAGCGCGCCCUACACUGCAGACUAAUGUUGAUCCCCCCUCUCUCCGCGUGACAAGUGGCAUGGUCAAAUGAACGAGGCGUUGAAAUCCAACGGCUCCAUUUUCAAAGCUUCUGAUCGUUUAAAAAAAAUUAAUAAUUCCAACAGCUAUUCCAAAGAAGUUGCUGUUUCUUUUUUCUUUUCUUUUUUUAAAUUCAAACAUCUAUGUAUAAUCAAUGGCCACGAUGAUUUUUAGGCAAUCUCAAUUUUAUUUUUCUUUAAGUUUAAUCAUAUAUUUUGUUUUUCUAGGUCUCAAAUUAUGUUUUUUUAAUCAUAAUUUGAAGUACAUAUGUAUGGAUAUGAUAUGAUAUGAUAUCAUGUAUGUAUGGAUAUGAUAAUAAAUUGAUUUUCUUCAUA